AUGUAACUAGUGACCACUCAACUCUGCACGUCAGGUAAGAUCUUUAUUUUCAUGCUUUCCGGAUUCCUGCUGCAUAGAGACUGAAGGUGCCGUGAAAGAAUCGAGCGGCACUAAACGUGCGAGUGCUUUAUUUUGAAAAGGAACAGCCGGAAGUGUUGCUCACGGUUAGUUAGCUUGACUGUUGGAGGCGAUGCAGCGGAUCUAAGGCCGACAGAAAGGGAGCCGCUUUUUAAGGAAUGCCAUCCGCCGGAAUCAAUGCUGGGAGACAACUGGAUCAGAAAUAAUAUGGGGAAAAUUAAAAUGAUUCACCGAGCUUUGAGAAUGAGGAAAAGGCCGGCUCAGACACCAGCUUCCUCACCCCCUGACACCGGACAUUGGUAGCCGCCUGCCCGGCUUGCUAGCCCGUAGUCCUUCAAAAUCUCCGCUGGAAAAUCACGGAGCUUCUUUGUUUUUUAAAAGCUCAGAGAAAGACAGCCGACCGAGUUAAUUCCCCUCGUUUGACCUAGAGCUCUAACGUGAGUAAAUCUGACCGCUGGAGUCAAGCUAGUAGCAUCCUCUGGAGUCGGAUGGACCUGCGGCUCUCGCAGCAUCACCGCCCGAGAAUCCUUCCAGCCCGCCCUGCCGCACCGGAGCGUUGAGUAAAUCCCCGAGAAGCGGCUUUAAGAUGUCCGGAAACGUCCCGUCCUCUGCGCUUCUAGGCGCCGCGCACACAUUUCAUCAAUGCCGAAUAAUGUAAUGACCGUCCGGAGCGUACACCAUCAUGCGUAUGGCUGGCCGUGUCCGCCUCCAUCCCUGCGGAUGACACUCGCACGGACAGCGGGGGUUCAGAACAAACAGCGCCGAGACGGACGCGCCGUUGCCGGGUAGCGCUUAGAGACUUGACGUGAGCUCUCACACACACACACAAAACAAACAAAAAGCAGACGCCAAUGAUAUCUCAUAAGGUUUUGGUCGCAAUAAUCCUGCUGAACGUGUACAUAGGGGUGCAGUCUGUGUUUUAUCUGUUCGGCGGCGUCCUUUUGACGGUUCUGUUCGCCAUGGCUUUUUUAAACGGACCGAGGCUGCUGGACUGGGCCAGCUCCCCGCCACAUCUCCAGUUCAAUAAAUACGUCCUGACUGGAUACCGGCCCAUCUCCUCCGUGCAGGACUGCGUCAGGAGCCUGUUUUACCUCCACAAUGAACUAGGGAACAUUUACACACACGGCAUCCCUUUGGUUUGCUUCCUGGUGCUGCUCCCGCUCAACAUCCCCUGGUCUCAGAUCAGCGUCACCUGGCUGGGCGUGGUGCACUUCCUGGCCUGCCUGUCGCCGCAGCUGGGCUCCGUGGUCUACCACCUGUUCAUGAACCACGAGGGCGGGGAGCCCGUCUACCACACCCUGCUGAAGCUGGACGUCUGUGGAAUCUGCAUGAUCAACACGCUGGGGGCGCUCCCCAUCGUCUACAUCACGCUGUGGUGCUACCCCUUCAUCCGCACCGUGUCGCUGCUCGUCUACAUCCUGCUGUCCACACACGCCAUCUACUGCGCAGUCACGGCCCGCAGCAGCGUGCGCCGGCUGCGCUCCUUCGCCUGGCAGGCCGUGUUCCGCUUCUCCUUCUUCCUGCUGCGCGGCGUGGGCGUGGGCAGCGGCAGCCCCACCUCGCUACGCCACUUCCUCAUGAUGGAUGCGUUGGCCGUGCUGGGCGGGGUCAUCAACAUCACACGCAUCCCGGAGCGCUUCCGGCCGGGCCUCUUUGACUACUGGUGCAACAGCCACCAGAUCAUGCACGUACUGGUGGUGGGCUCCAUCCUUUACCUGCACUGGGGCGUCCUGGACGACCUGCUGUGGAUCAACAGCUACAUCUGUCCCUCCGAAUGACCCCAGCCCCCCGUCCUCUGGGACAGGAAGUGAAAGGACCUCUGAGGGGGCUGAGCGUCUCUGCAUGUGUUAAACUCAGAAUGUUUAUAUCUUCAUCCAUCCUAGACGUUUCUGCAGAGGCAGAGAGAAUAAGUAAGACGCACAGAAAUGUGGACAAAACUACACAAACACUUCAGACACAGAGAAGUAGAAACAUUUAAACAGUAAAAUGAACAACAACACUACUGUGCACAAGUCUUGUUGUCCCUCAUUUAUCUAUAUUUUGGUUCCAAGCAGACAGAUAAGUAUUUUUUCUUCAGAUUUUUGCUGCUUUUUCACAUCACUGUUGAUCUUUAAAGCACGUGUGUCAAAGCCAAGGCGAGGGGGCCAUAUCGGGCCCGUCAGAUCUUUUCAUGUGGCCUAAAUAUUAUUUUUAUCAAUUAAAUCACAGCAGUUUUUAUCUGUGUGCUACCAAAUUAUAAAUAUGUCAAAAGAUAUCAAUAUUAUUUAACUUUACAAAGUUUAUACUGAAUGCAGAGAGAGUUAUUUCUUAAUAUUUUAGUAGUUUGUUGAUGGUCUACUGGCAUAGCCGGUCCUUUGAGAGAACAUUCCUGAUUCGUUGAAAUGAGUUUGACAUUCGUGCUUUAAAAGAUGAAAAUGAAAAUCUGACUAUUUGGAAUCACAUUUAAAGAAAUGAGGGAUGGUUUAAAACUUUUGCACAGUCAAAAAGUAGGUGAAUCCGAGUGAAGUUGCCAGCCGCCUGACUUCUUCAAACUAAACGGAGUCGGUUUCAAACAUUUGUGCAGCAAAAGAUUUUGUUUGUGCCGCUAUUGUUUUAAACUUUAAAGACAUUAAUAAAUGUUUCUGUAGGUCAUCAAAGGUCAACCAACCUGCCCAGAUUUUAAAAAUCAAGCAGAUUUGGUGUCAAUUAAUUGUGCUAUGUUUGUGCAGCAACAUUUUCUGUUUGUGCCGCUACAAUUUCUAAGAUUAAAAACAAGUUGCUUGUGCAGCUAACGUUUGUUUGAUUUUGUAAAUAUGAACUUGACAUUUGAUGUCCUCUGGAAACAUCAAUAUGUAUAAAAUAAUAGCAGCACAAGCAAAACUUUUUGCAGCACAAACGUAGCACAGUUGGUUGACACUAUAUUUCGUUUGAUUAUUUUGGUGUUGGUCAACUUUGAUAUUUGUGCAGCAACUUUUUUGUGUUUCUAUAAUUUCUAAGAUUUAAACAAAAGUUGUUUGUGCUGCUAAAAUAUUUGUAGUACAGCUGAUUGACACAGAAUUUGUUUGAUUUUGUAAAUAUGGAUUUACUGGUUGACCUUUGACCUCUGGAAACAUUUACCAAUAUCUUUAAAAGGGUAGCUGCACUUUUAUCAGCACAAACUAGCACAGUCAAGCUUAUUUUUGUUUGAUUAUUUUGGUGUCAAUCAACUGUUCUACAUUUGUGCCGCUAUAAUUUCUACAAUUAAGAAAAGUAAAUUUGUUUAUUGCCAAAUUUGCUUGAUUUUGUAGAUAUGGACGGGCUGGUUGACCGUUGAUGACCUCUGGAAACAUUAAUAAAUAUAAAAUGAUAGCGCCUCAAACGAAAAUUUUGCUGCACAAACGUUUGACACAACUUUUGUUUAAUUUGAAGAAGAUGUGGGAGCCAGCUGAACUCAGGUAGUCAGAGAUAAUAUCUUAAAUAUCCGACGGUUGCUCUCAGAUGUCACUGUUGCUACCUAUGCAGCAUAUCCAUAUCAACCCAUCAGCAUCGCAGCACACAGUCGGACUCUCUCACGUUUGAAUUUUUUUUUGUGCUAAGCGCUCAUAAUGGGGUCGCCGCAGGAUUCCCUCUCUAAAUAUGGAGUCUCUCUGGUUAUUUUCUGGUUUUCUGCUCGUUUCCGUCCAAACGAAGACAAAACGUGAGUGAGGAGUUCAUUCCUGAUUCACACAGCAGCAACAUCUGAUUGUUUUGGGCCGUAUCUCGGUGCCAUUUAAAUUCAGGAAUUAUUUAUGAGUUUACAAAUUUGUUUCACAUUUUAUCACAUCCCAACCACAGAUUGUAAUGUGUUUUAGUGGGAUUUUAUGUCAUUAACCAGAAAAAAUGUGUCAUUUUCAAAAUGAUUCAGGAUAAAAAUCUGUGGCAUGUUUGUAUUAAUCCCCCUUUGCUCGCUCCCUCCUGAAGAAAAGCAUCAUGCUGCCUCCGCCAUGUUUUAUAAUGAUGAAGGUGUGUUUUGAGGCCAAAAAGGCUCUAUGAUCUAUGAACACAACAACAGAUUGACUCUCUGUAGUUCCUACAUUCCCGUCCUUACUGCUUCUAGAUGAAUAAUGCCCAGUCUUAUUAUUUUAGGUAUUUAUCAAAUUUAUUCACAAAUUUUCUAUGAAAUUUCCUCAGAUUAGUUAUAAAUGGGAGGACUCUGUUUACUAAAGGGACAUGAAAGUAAACUUUUGGGGUAUCUGAGUAAAAGGGUUUUUUUUAAAAAUGCACGCCACACCUUUCAGAUUUCUAUAAAACGCAUAUUUUUCCCUCUACUUCAUAGCUUUGAGUUGGUAUCUCACAUAAAAGCCAAAUAAAACACAUUGAAGUUUGUGGUUGUAAAGGGGUGUGAACACUUUUCUAUUUUUAUUUCUGCAGUUAUUUAACUUCAGGUUUUUGGUCUAAAAUGACUUUAGAAACUCUGUUUACUUUUUGAAUUUGGACGUUUACGUGCCAACCAAAAGCGCUUAAAUGAAAAGAUGGCAGUUGAUAAUUUGCCAAAAGUGCAGAAUUUAUUUAUUUAUUACUGUUUUUAUUUGGAUUUUAUUUAUGUGAAAGUAAAUUUAUUUAUUUACUGUUGCUAAUUAUAUAAAAAUUGUCUAUAUACUGCUGUAGGUCCAUGUUUACAUUUAGUUUUAAUGUAAUUUCUGCCACUACAAAGGCACAUAAUUACCACUUUAUACUUUAGUGUAAAUGCACUCCAGCCAUGUUUUAUGUAUGUAUGUAUGCGCUUUCUUUUAGAACUGAAAACGGUAAUUUUAUCCUGCUUUAAUGUGUUUAUAAUUUGCAUAUUCUUCCAGCCUGACUGUUGUAAACAGGAAUGAACCUCCUCACUCUCGGCUCUUUUAAAACGUGGUUUAAUACGGCGGGGUGUUAAUGCCAGGCUAAGAGAAAAUCAAUAAAAUUACAAGACUACAUUUUGUUUACAAGAAUAAAGUCAUACUACUAUGAGAAUAAGGUUGAAAUAAAGUGAGAAUAAAGUCGUAAAAUUAUUAUUCUCAUAAGACAACUUUAUUCUUUAAUUAUUUUGAUUUUAUUCUCGCAAUAUUACAAAUUUCUUCUCGUAUGCCUUUUUUCUCGUACAAUUUUGUUCUGAUAACAUUGCGACUUUAUUCUCAUACGAAAUUAUUCUCGUUCAAUUUUAUUAGAGUAAUAUUACAACUUUAUUCUCGUAAGACUUUUUUAUCGUACGCUUUUGUUUUCAUAAUAUUUCAACUUGAUUCUCGUACGAAUUUCUUCUCGUACGCCUUUAUUCUCAUAAUGUUACAACUUUUUUCUUGUAAUUUUAUUUCUUUAUUUUCUCAGCAUAUCCCUUCUACUCUGUCAGAAUCUAAUCUGUGUUUUUGGUUUAAACAUUUAGCCGUUUAAUCCCAAAUUUUUGUGCUGCUGCGUUUUGCCGCAGAAGUCUGUCUGUAGGCGGCAGACGUCGCCUCGGUCCCUCGCCAGCCGCUCUCCGUCUCUCCGGGUCGGGUUCAGCACGCCGCCUGCUUCCCCUGUCGGCUCUGACUCAGAGGUGAGAGAAGGAUUUCCCAGUCAUUAGUCACGCACGCUAACUUUAGAGCGUGACGCCACCUGCUUCCUUUACGCCCUGAAAAAUUCAGCCAGACUUUACUUCUGCAAGCCUGGUAGUGGUUAUUACCUGCUGUAAGUAGAGUUUGCGAUGUAAAUGCAGAAACUAAUGUAUUUUGGCCAUUGAAUGAAACUAAAACUUUGCAUGAACGUAGCUCUGAAACAGAAACUGAUGUCUCAUAGUGUUAGCAAAUCAUCCAAUCAUCGUAAUUCAGUCUCUCCUGGAUGUUACUGCACUGAUCGCUAAUCUCCAAAGGGCUCUGGAUUGGAAGGAAACACAUUUUAAGAUCAUAAAAGAUGAUGUAAAUACAUGUAGAUUAAUCGAGCAAACAGUGCAGGAAGGAAGCGGGUUAAUCCAGAAGCAGAUGAGGCUUCACUGCUGUGCUUCAAAUAUCAAAAACCGUUUCGCUUAGCUGUGUUCAUAUAUAUGUAAAGAACAGAAAAGAUCCUUAAAUUUGUCUCAAUGCUAAAUGUAGAGCCGCUUUCAAAGUGUAACCACAUUUUUAGACUCAAGAAAGACAUUAAUGACCUCCCUGGUGGGCUAGUGGAUACCUCCUGACUUCCACCGGUCAAUCUAUGCAUUAUCAGCCGAAGGAUGCGCCGAUCAGGGUGCCGCAACCCGAACCGGGGCUCCGCCCGCCAGCGUUAGUCCAGUCUGCUCGCUCUGUGAACCUUGUAACAAGAAGAAGGGAAACCUUUGGUGGGAAGGCUUGUGUUUGUUUAUUUUGUCUGAAUGUUAAAUGGAGAGAAAAAAAGUAAAACACGACUAACAAAACACGUUUUUUUAAAACAACACAGGUGCCGGAUAGCCUGUUUAACAACCUGUUUAUAAUGAAUUAUCUGUAUUGUUAAAAGCUGAUUAUUAUUAUAUCUGUAAUUCUGUGGAUCCUAACUUUGACACUGGUCUGCAGAGCUGUGCAAAAGUCUUUUCAUUAGAUGUUGCUGCAAAGUAGCAACUUUAGCUGCUUUUUUACUCAAUUUUAGGAGAUUUUUUGUGAAUCCACUUUAAAUUCACCAAAAAAAUGUGUAAAUAAGCAGAAAAAAUCUACUAAAAAAUCUUUGAGGACCUAAAUGAAUCAUGAACAGUGGCGCCCCCAAGUGGAGGCAUGAGGGGGCCUUGGCCCCCUCCUGAAAAAUAACAAUCAUGUUCGAAUCAUAGAAAAGCAGCCAUCAGUUCAAUAAAGACAUACAUGUAAAACACAAUAAAUAAGAAAUUUAUAAAAUCAACAAUAUACAUAUAAAUUUUUUAUUAGCCGUGUUUUUUUAUUUACAUAUAUAUUUAUUUAUAUAAUUUUUUGUUUUAUUUAUAUAUUAUGAUGGGUUAUUAGGACCUUGCUAAGAAAAUAAAAAUGAUAAAAUUACAAGAAUAAAGUCACAAUACAAUAUUAAUCCACUUUAAAUUCACCCAAAAAAAUUGUGUAUACAUAUAUUUCAUUUUUUUUUUAUUGGCCACUCCUAUGAACAUUUCAUGGGCGCGCCACUGUUCCCCCAAAAUUGAUCAGAAUCACUUUGAAAAAUUUUGCAAACAAUAUCAAGUAAAUGAAAGGUGAUCUAAAACUUUUGCACAGUCCUGUGCACAUGCAGCGAGGGAAGCCCUUUGUUUUAGGAUGAAGGGAGCCUUCAGGAGGGUCUGUCUGUUAUAACUCUGUCGCAUCUGCACCGUCUCCGCAUUUCCCCACCACUCUGGCUCCCCCUAGUGGAGCCUCCUGUGCACUGACACUGGCGCGACCGAAGCCAUACCUCAGCCAAAUGAAUUGAAUUCACUUGUGUCACACCGGGAGCGGUGCAGCGGGUCUUUUCUUUAGCUCUCCAUAUCUUUCAUGAUCAUGUAUGAACUGUCCAGCUGAACCCGUGCAAGCAUGAAACCUGCAUAAAUACCCGGAUGUGGCGCUGACGGAAUGAAUCCGGCGGCGCCUCGUUAGGUCUGUGUGCUUUAAAUAGACACUGCUGUCCUCAUGUCUGUCCAGCGUUAGCAUCCUGUGUAACAGACAGGCUCUCAGACUCCUCAGUCUCCAGCAACGAUUGUGCAAUAAACUUAAAUCUAUAUUUUUAAA